UGUACGUGUGGCUUGUUGGAUAUCGCCAAUUUUCCUUAUGCAAUUGACCACCCAAGUACCAUCUCUUCUUAUUCCAAGUCAUAGGCAAAAUGAGUAAGCGAAAACCGGAAACCAAUUUUGCCAUCGUCACUUUUCCUCAAUGAAGCAAGCAUGUGCAAAAGUUUACUGGGUUGACUUCGCUGCUUUGGUCGCAGAAGCUGCAAGAAAUCGGAGAAGCUAAGUGCAAAAUUAAAUAAUUAAGUGCAUGACGACUAUUGAAUACCUCGCUGCACUUGAUAUGUAUAAAGCAUUCGCCGGAGAAAGAAAAAAAUACAUAUGGUUUUAUAUUAUCAUAAAGUCAUAAAAUUCAAUAAAUAAAUAACUAUUUUACUUUAACAUAAAUACAAUUUUUAACUAAAUCUUCUUAUUAUUUUCAUGCCAAAAACAAUAUACCCUGAACUCCACUGCCGAGGGAAUGUCAAAGCUGAAGCUGCUCUAUCUUGCAGAUCCAUUCAGUCGCUCAAGACCCGGCUUACUAUUUGGAGGCAAGGAAUCCGACUUACGAUGUCAAGUCUCAGGGAUCAGGAGUGCCAAGGCCUGAAGGAGGGAGCCAUGUCGCGGACUUAUCAGUAUCGCAAAGUGAUGAAACCUCUGCUGGAGAGAAAGAGAAGGGCGCGAAUCAACCGCUGCCUGGAGGAGCUGAAGAACCUGCUCAAGGAGAUGACCUACAUGGACGCCGAGGCCUUGGCCAAACUAGAGAAAGCAGACAUCCUGGAAUUGACCGUUCACCAACUGCACAGACAGCGCAAUAUCGCCGCCACGCCCAUCUCAUCACCCGCCCCCAAAACCAUCGAGUUGCGAAUGAGCGUUAUUGGUCUGGUUUUCAACAGUGUACAUUAGAAGUUUCCCGAUUUUUGCAUCGCAACGAUUGUUUAAUCAACUCCAGAUUCCUUGAGGGAAUGGAGCAGUUUGUGCCAUCCAAACGUCGAGUAUGGAGACCUUG